CUGUCGGAUCGGCAUUCAGCUUCCAGUCUCGUGUGACGUUGAAACUUGUCGCCGACUCCUAUCUUCAGCGGUUGCCAACCAGUUUAUUCCUGCGAACCGUUACAAGUAAGGGAUAUGUGAUGGGGAUUGGCGGAGGGGGGAAGAGGAUGAGGAGGAGGAAGAGGAGGAGGAUGAGGGGAGGGGGAAAGAGAGAGGGCCCUAGCUCACUCACACUCUCACUCUCUCACACACAUACUCAAUCUCACACCCUCUCUCACUCUCUUUCACUUCUCCACCUCCUCCUUGGGGGGCAAAGAGGGGAGGGGGGUGGAGAGAGAAGGAGUAGCAGGAGAAGGAGGUCCUUGUCCCGAAAGGCAGUUAACGGUUGGCGAGAACAAUCCCGAGGAAGCAAAGAGGGAUGGGAAUGUGAGGUAUCAUCUGUGGAUCAUCGGCAACCGUAAGGCAUGGACCAAAUUUAGGGAGUCAAAUGGAAGAAGAAAUGUGACAGAUGCACAGACAAGAUUAGCCAAAGAAGUGGGGAU